AUGAAUUUUGCUCUUGUCAACACUACGGGCUCUUCCAAUAUGUAUGCUUACAUAUCCGGGCUUUCUUUGCUGAACAACAAUGCUGUGUUCAUGCUGGAAAGCGACGGAACUACAGUCCAUUACCCAAGCUCACCUGACACCGAUGGCAAGUCACUGACGGUUGACACCGCUAUUAAGCUGGGAGCACCGGGAACUACCACGACAAUAACAAUUCCACAGACUGCAGGUGGUCGGAUAUGGUUCUCUCAGAACGCGACCCUGACCUUCUUGCUGAAUCCAGGCCCGGCCCUGGUCGAGCCAUCGGUGACGAAUGUGAGCGAUCCUAAUUAUAACAUCUAUUGGGAUUUCUGCGAGUACACCUACAAUAGCUUCCAGCUAUACGUGAAUAUCACCUAUGUGGACUUCGUGUCUCUUCCCAUUGCACUUCAGCUCGAGAAUGACUCAGGCCUGGUGACCAAGGUGGAAGGAAUGCCUUCUAACGGACUCAACACCGUCUGCUCAGCUCUCACCGCCCAAAGUGCCGUGGAUGGCGCUGGCUGGAACGGCCUGAUCAUCAAAGAUCCCGCCACAGGUGCAAAUCUCCGUGCAGUCAGCCCCAAUGCCGGAAUUAUCCUAAACAACUCCCUGUUCAACGGGUACUUCCAGCCCUAUGUCGACAAGGUCUGGGCCAAAUACGCCACAGACGCCCUCGACGUGGACACCCAGGCCAGCUACGGCGUCGUCUCAGGCAAGGUAGACACCUCCUCAAAGCUCACCUUCGGCGACGCAGGGUCCUUCCCACAGCCCUCAGCAGCCGACAUUUUCUCGUGCUCCACGGGCGCCUUCGCCGUGUCCACGUCCGAGAUGGCCAAUAUCGCCGCGCGCCUCGCCGCGGCAUUCAACCGCUCUACCCUAUUGGUUAACAGCAGCCAGCCGGACAAUGAGAAUGUGUCGAACUAUUACACGGAUCCGGUCACCAACCACUACGCGCGCAUCGUCCACGAGGCGAACACCGACCGCAAGGGCUACGCGUUCCCUUACGACGACGUUGGGCCCAGCAACGGUGCCGACCAGAGCGGCAGCCUGUUCGACCCCAACCCGAAGCUUCUCACCGUCACGGUCGGGGGAUUGUCGUCGACGACUUCUGCGCCUGUCAGCGCGAGAGACCACGCCGUGCGUCUGGGCCAGCGGCCCGCCGGAAGGAUGACCAGCCAAGCCAACGUGCGCAGGGACCUGAGCGCAGCCGAUGGCGACGAGGAUGAGGCACCGCCUGCCCUGACCCAGUCAGAGACUGUGUACAGUGACAGCAGCAACGAUGAUGUCUCGGAGGGCGUGGACCUGGAGACAGGCCUCGGUUCCCGAGGUAAGCAAGACUCACUUUUUACUAGGGAUACCAUCACUCCCCUAUCCCUCCUCCGCGGAAGUAAAGGGAGGACAAGUUACAGUGUAGAGCAGUCUUCCUCAUCGUCCUCUCUCACAAACAGGUCUCUGACCUCGUUCGUCCCGCGGCGGUGGGCGGACGCGGUUGAAUCCGCCAUGGGCCGCCUCGAGCGGUCUCCUCCCGCGAUUUAUGCGAGCGCGAAACCGGCGGUUGAUCUAUUCGUGCGGCUUUUUACGGUCUUUUUGAGCAUUUCUGUCAGGACCUUCGUUUCGAGGAUUAUGAUGGGGGCUUUGUUGGUGCUGAUUUACUUGUUUGGUCCUGCGAUGAGGGGCGGUGCCGGCAGUGGUGAUGUUGCUGGUGGAUCUCUUGUCGAAGGCUGA